CUCUCGUGUUGGUUUGGACAUAGGCCAGCUGAUUAUUACGAAAAUAGUGGCCUUCAUAAAAAAAAAGACUGUAUGCGUGAAGAUAUGUGGACAUCAAGAUGACAGAUAUAUUCUGUGAGUUAGAUAUUGAUGAUCUGUUAUUCUAUGAAAGAUGUGGGGGUGGUACAUUUGGCAGUGUAUACAGAGCAUUAUGGAAAUCACAAAAUAUGAUAGUUGCUGUCAAGCGAUUGUUAGUUUUAGAGAAAGAGGCUCAAGUUUUAAGUGUUUUAAGUCAUCGUAAUAUUAUACAGUUUUAUGGUGCUGUUACAGAUGAUCAUAACUUCUGUCUUAUAACAGAAUAUGCUGCUCAUGGAUCCUUAUACGCCUAUCUGAAAAAUCCAGAAAAUGAGCUAGAUUUUAACCAAAUAUUAAAAUGGGCCCGAGAAAUUGCUACAGGAAUGAACUACCUCCACUGUGAAGCUCCAGUUAAAGUAAUUCACAGAGAUCUCAAAUCAAAAAAUGUUGUUAUAUCAGAAGAUUGGACAUGUAAGUUGUGUGAUUUUGGGGCAUCACGGUUUAUUGGUAGUACAACGAAGAUGUCUCUAGCAGGAACGUUUCCUUGGAUGGCACCAGAGGUUAUACAAAGUUUUCCGGUAUCAGAAACUUGUGAUACAUGGUCUUAUGGAGUUGUAUUAUGGGAACUGUUAACACAUCAAGUACCGUUUAAUGGUAUAGAAGGUUUUCAGGUAGCAUGGUUAAUUGUUGAAAAAGGGGAGCGUUUAACAAUACCCAGUACUUGUCCACCAUGUUUUGCUCGGUUAAUGAGACAGUGUUGGGAAAUGGAACCCAAAAAGCGGCCAUCAUUUAAACAGAUACUAAUGGAUCUUGACAAGCUGCUGGAAGAUGAUUUUGUAGCUGAUCAAACCAAUUCAUUCUUAGAACAUAAAGAAAUAUGGAAGAAAGAGAUAGAAACGACGUUAACACGAUUGAAGAGAGCUGAGAAAGAUAUAGGUGUUAAAGAGAAGGAGUUACAAUCACGAGAACAACAGUUACUGGUACGAGAAAAAGAUUUAGAACAGCAAUUUAAAGUAGUGCAAUUAGAUAAUCAUGAUGUUAAUACAUGGAGAGAAGUUGAUGUGUAUCAAUGGGUCAUGCUUUUAGGAAAUAAUGGCAGUACGUGUGAUUUAGCUCAAUAUGCUGAUUUAUUUCUUGCCAAUAAUAUUACUGGCAGAAGAUUAUUACGAUUACAACAAUCUGAUCUUAAAGAUAUGGGUAUUACUAGUAUAGGACAUUAUAUAGAUCUACAUACAGAGAUAGAAUUAUUAAAGGCUCACAAUUAUCGUCUUAUUAACUUCCCUCCAUUAUCUCCUAUGGAGAUAAAACCUGUCCAUUCUGAGCCGUCCUUUACUGUAGAACAUCGAACUAUCAGCCUUACUUUAAUAUUUGGUCAUCAUUUACGUCAUGGUCAUUCUCAGGAAGAAGAUAAAUGGAAGAUGUAUGUAGAAGUUGAUGAAGAUGAAAAUGUUGAAGGUCAUAAUCCUUUAGUCUACAUCAGUGAUGUCAGCUUUAUCUGUAAAUCACCCUCAUUUGGUACAUUUAAACUAAAACAGCCACCAUUUAUAAUGGAGAAAUGGUGUGUUGGUAUUGUGGAAGGUAUGACAAUAGAAUGUCUUGUCAAUUACGAGUCUUCGGUGAAAAUUCCUCGAACAACACGUCAUCUACACCAGAUCAACCCUCUCCAUUCUGAUUCUGUACAGCAGACAGUGACACUAACCUUAGAACAAACUGUUUCAUCAACUGCCAGUGUCAGUGCCAGUCAUGAUGUACCAUAUUCUUCUAUUCGUUCAAAAUCUGUCAAUCAGAAAUCUACACUGAAAGGUGCUUGGAUGAACAGAUUUGCAGAAAGAGAUAUCAUUAUUAAUGAUCACAAAAGAAGUCCAGAUGUUUGGUCGAGUAUUGUGUCUGGUAGAAAACCUUCCUUUACAUCUCUAGCUGGGUCCUUACAACCCAAACCCGUGCCAGGGUCAAACGCCGUCCUUCAGCCUUCCUUUGACUCAUCCGCCUCUCUUUUGAGCAAUUUCUCCCGAAGAAAUUCGGAAAUACACAACCCAUCAGCAGACCCUCAGCCAGGAGAAACGAGCCAAAAGAACCUUAAAGUGAAAUUCAUUUUAGGAGAUGGCGACACAUCGAACAGCAGUUCCAGUGGGUUUAGUGAACACCAGUCUGGAUCGUAUGCUGAAAUUUGCCGCAAGUGCCAAUCCAACGUGCCAGUUCAGUCUCAAGCUGCAAGAACAGAAAAGCAAAGUAUUAUAAAGAAAUCACAUCAUAAUAAUCAAAACUACGAUCAGCAUAGGUAUGAGAGUUCCAGAAAUUGGCGAGGUGCUCAUAACAUAAAUAGACAAUUCUCUAGCAAUCAGCCUAAAAAUUAUUUUCCACAGGGUAGGGGCAGUGUGGGGCAGUACCGUGGAAACAAAAAACAGGGUAGUCGGAAUAAUUCUGAUAGUGAACCUAAUUACUCCAAUCCACAGCUGUUGAAAACAAAUGAAAUACCUCAACGACAGACCGUGAGUGGUGAUCCCUAUGUUCGAACUUCACAAACUCCAGCUUAUCGAGGUAAGCCGCCAAAAAAGAUUAAUCUGCCUCAAGAACGUCAUACGGCUAUUUACAAAGAGGUCCAGAGAAAUAAUGGUCAAAAGCCAAAGCCUCCUACAUUAUCCCCUAACGCUUCACCUAGUCAUCAACAAUCCCAAAAUAGCUCCCCUGCUCGCUCAACUGAUUCCAGCACAGGAAACCAGCCGACCGCAGAUAAGUGGGUGGUAGUAGAACGAAAAAAGAAAAGUGAUGAAACAUCGAAAGGCCUGCCACCAAGUAGAGGGAAAGGUAGACAGAAAAAAAAAUGGUCGAUAUAAUUAAUUUAUUUCAUGGCAGGGUUCUCGUAAUAUUUCAAUUCUUUCUUUUUUUUUAUAUACUUAAAGCCUCAA